AUUUUUCUUCCCAACACGUCAGUUUUAAUAGGAAACUCGACAGAUAAUAGCCUAAUGAAUUUUCAUCCUACCUAGGACCUAGGUAUAGGAAAGUAACAAAAGGAAGAACGACCGUUAGGUUUGAGGAGUUAGUUAAUAGCAAGUUUGAAGGUUAGAUUCCAUUCCCUCCAUUUCUCACUCAUUAUCUCUCCCAGAAUUACAAGUGCUGAAAUUGAAUUGUGUACAUCAUUACUUCAUUAUGAUAUUUCAAUUUCACCCACCAGUCAAAGAUUACUCUCCUUCAAAACCCUUUAAAAGAUAUGAUUUUCCAUUGUUCCUCAAAAUCCCUCAUUUCUCUGCAACAAUCUAACUCCUUCAACUUGUCUUCUUGCUCAAAAUCCAUACUUUUUGUGGGCUUCCCAAGUUUAAACCCUAGUUUGUAGGCUUUCUGGUGAAUCAUGUCAGAAAGCUUGAAGGAGCCACUUGUAAAUCCCCAUGAGUUUAAGAAUGAAGGAGUUGAUUUGGAACGUUUACCUAUGGAUGAAGUCUUCGAAUUAUUGAAAACGUCAAAAGCUGGACUGUCAACUUUGGAUGCUGAAGCCCGCCUGAAGAUUUUUGGACUCAAUAAACUAGAAGAAAAGUCGGAUAACAAAGUUUUGAAAUUUCUUAGUUUCAUGUGGAAUCCUUUAUCGUGGGUUAUGGAAGCUGCUGCUGUGAUGGCACUUGUCCUUGCUAAUGGAGGAGGUCAAGGAACAGACUGGCAGGAUUUUGUCGGCAUUAUAUGCCUGCUUCUCAUUAAUUCAACAGUAAGCUUUAUAGAGGAAAAUAAUGCUGGCAAUGCGGCAGCAGCACUUAUGGCUCGAUUGGCUCCGAAAACAAAGGUCCUCAGAGAUAGGAAAUGGCAGGAGCAAGAUGCAGCUAUCCUUGUUCCUGGAGAUAUCAUUAGCAUAAAGCUUGGUGACAUCAUCCCUGCGGAUGCUCGUUUGCUUGAAGGGGACCCACUGAAAAUUGAUCAGUCUGCUCUUACUGGGGAAUCUUUGCCUGUUACAAAGAAAAGCGGUGAUGGAGUGUUUUCAGGAUCUAUAUGCAAGCACGGAGAAAUUGAAGCAGUAGUAAUAUCAACUGGGGUGCACUCUUUUCUUGGAAGAGCGGCGUUCUUAGUGGAUAGUACCCAGUCUGUUGGACAUUUUCAACAGGUGCUCACUUCUAUUGGGAAUUUCUGUAUCUGCUCCAUAGCAGUUGGAAUGACUAUUGAGAUCAUUGUUAUGUUCCCUAUACAAAAACGUGGAUACAGAAGCGGGAUAAAUAACCUUCUUGUUCUUUUAAUUGGCGGAAUUCCCAUAGCUAUGCCAACAGUUCUGUCAGUUACACUCGCAAUCGGUUCUCAUCGUCUAUCUCAACAGGGUGCCAUUACAAAAAGGAUGACAGCAAUCGAAGAAAUGGCUGGAAUGGAUGUUCUAUGCAGUGAUAAAACCGGGACUUUAACUCUGAACCGUCUAACGGUGGAUCGCAGCCUCGUUGAGGUUUUUAACAGAGAAAUGGACAAAGAUACAAUGGUCUUACUUGCAGCAAGAGCGUCAAGACCCGAAAAUCAAGAUGCCAUUGAUGCUGCCAUUGUUAAUAUGCUUAGUGAUUCAAGAGAGGCACGUGCAAACAUCCAAGAAAUUCACUUCCUGCCUUUCAAUCCUGUUGACAAACGAACAGCUAUAACAUACAUUGAUAGCGAUGGCAAAUGGUACAGAGUCAGCAAAGGAGCCCCUGAACAGAUUCUCUCCCUAUGCCAAGAGAAAAAUGAGAUUUCUGGAAAAGUGCAUGACAUGAUUGACAAAUUUGCUGAAAGGGGGCUGAGGUCUCUUGCAGUUGCUUUGCAGAGAAUUCCAGAGAAAACGAAAUCAAGCCCAGGAGGCCCUUGGACAUUUUGCGGUCUACUACCUCUUUUUGAUCCCCCAAGGCAUGAUAGUGCUGAGACGAUUCAAAGAGCUCUUAACCUUGGAGUUUGUGUUAAGAUGAUUACAGGUGAUCAGCUGGCAAUUGCAAAGGAGACUGGUCGACGGCUUGGAAUGGGAACUAACAUGUAUCCAUCAUCAUCACUAUUCGGCCAUGACAAAGACGGAAAUGUAGCCCUUCCUGUGGACGAGCUUAUUGAAAAGGCUGAUGGUUUUGCUGGUGUUUUCCCAGAACACAAGUAUGAGAUAGUGAAAAUUCUGCAAGAAAAGAAUCAUGUUGUGGGAAUGACUGGGGAUGGCGUGAACGAUGCACCUGCUUUAAAGAAAGCAGAUAUUGGAAUAGCAGUGGCUGAUGCGACAGAUGCCGCAAGGAGUGCAGCUGAUAUUGUGCUAACUGAGCCUGGCUUAAGUGUCAUAGUCAGUGCUGUACUGACCAGUCGAGCUAUAUUUCAGAGGAUGAAAAACUACACGAUAUACGCUGUGUCCAUUACCAUUCGUAUCGUGCUUGGUUUUAUGCUCUUGGCCUUAAUAUGGGAAUACGACUUUCCACCGUUCAUGGUUCUGAUCAUAGCAAUAUUAAAUGAUGGAACCAUCAUGACGAUUUCUAAAGAUCGUGUCAGACCAUCUCCAAGUCCUGAUAGCUGGAAACUGAACGAGAUUUUUGUGACUGGCAUUGUCAUUGGGACGUACCUUGCCUUAGUCACUGUGUUAUUCUAUUGGGUUACAAGCGAGACUGGUUUCUUCGAGGAGCAUUUUGGUGUGAGCUCUUUAUCUGGAAACACUCAGAAAAUUUCUUCUGCUGUAUAUCUGCAAGUUAGCAUCAUCAGCCAGGCACUCAUCUUUGUUACUCGCAGUCAAUAUUGGUCGUUUUUGGAGAGGCCAGGAGUUCUUCUCAUUUCUGCUUUCAUUGUGGCUCAACUUGUUGCCUCCUUGAUAGCCGUCUACGCGAAUAUUAGUUUUGCUUCAAUCGAUGGCAUCGGAUGGCGCUGGGCAGGUGUUAUAUGGCUUUAUAGCCUGGUUUUCUACUUUCCUCUUGAUAUUAUCAAGUUCAGUGUUCGUUAUGCUCUGAGUGGAGAAGCUUGGAAUCUUCUAUGGGACAGAAAGACUGCAUUUAGUUCUAAGAAAGAUUAUGGAAAGGAAAGCAGGGAAUUCGAAAGUGAAGAACAACUUGUAACUCGAAGACGGAGUUGUUCUCCUAUUGCUGAACAAGCCAAAAGACGUGCUGAGAUAGCCAGGUUGCAGGAGAUUCACACAUUGAAAGGGCAUGUGGAAUCGUUUAUGUGUUUGAAGAACUUGGAUAACUCAUUUUCAUCUGCACAUUCGAUCUGACAAUGGUGACAUGAAAAAUGCAUAUCAACUCGGACGAAAAUUAUUUCUUCUUCCAUAUUCACUUAUAAGAUGAUCAAGAUACUGCUCAAAGAAUUGGCUGUGAAGAACAAAAAUUAUUAGUUUAAACUCAUUAGAACAAUAUUUUGUAUUUGAAGUUGACUCAUUCUUAUGAUUUCUCUGAAGCCAAGAAACACAAUUCUGCAGGGAUAUUGUGUAAUUGUUUCAGAAGUUGGUAUUAAAUUUUACCAAAUUUCUGUCAAGCUCCUCAUAUUAUUGGUCAAGCAAGUCAUCCUUUACAGUUUCAAGUCUUUUCUAAGUUCGAGUCAAGUCCUAGAUCGAAAAUUUAUCAACCCUGACGCGGAAUUUUGGAUUCGUUCCAUGGCUGACCUGUGAGCUAACCAAAGAGGAAAACAUCAAGAAGAUACAGUUGGCUCUUAAUUGUGUAUGAAAAAACUGAAAUACUGAAUUCAUAAUGUUCAUCUCAAAAUCUCUCUAAGAUAACAUCACUGCAAAAAAGCUCUUGGAAAAUGUUUAUGGUGCGCUUAUAAGUAAGGCUAAUGCAUUUAAACACGUUUAAAUAAGCGUGUUUAUAACUUCCAAGGGAAAUGUUGUCCAUACUUAAUAUUGUAGCACUAUUAAUCAUCGAGUACUGGUUUAAGAGAUCAGAUAUAACUAUUCUUAUUAGUGAAAACAAAGAUGCUUUUCGAUUGAUCCUUAAUAGCA